CCUCCACCAACCAUCCCGUCCUAUCUCUCGACCAAUGUCUUCCUCUGCUGCCGACUCGGCAUCUCCGACGCCUUCUCCGUUCAAUUAUAUUCUCUCUUUCCUGCUUGUUGGCAUUUGCUGGGGCUUCACGACACCCUUCAUCCGCAAGGCCGCCGUCAACUACACUGCUCCAUCCCAUCCCUCUAUCACCGACCCGAACCGAUCUUGGAUCUCGCGGCAGGUUGCGAAAGCCUUCUUCACCGUUGUGGGACUCUUGAAAACUCCUACAUACGCCGUUCCGUUGCUUCUAAAUCUGACGGGCAGUAUCUGGUUCUUCCUGUUAGUCGGGCAAGCCGAAUUAUCUCUCACAGUGCCCAUCACCAAUUCUCUGGCAUUUCUCUUCACCGUGUUGGGCGAAUGGUACGCUGAGGGCAAACUCAUCUCAAGAAACACCUGGCUAGGAAUGGUAUUGGUAUGCGGUGGCAUCGGGCUCUGUGUUUGGUCGAAGACUUGAUCUGGGCAUGAUGGAGGAAAUCUCCUUUGGCAGAGAUCGCCUGGAUUAUAGAUGAUUAUAGACCAAAGAGUGAACAUAGAAGGCGGCAUAGGGGAUGGGUGAGGCAUAUAUAACUAAUCCUUGUCACCGACUUAGGAUUGAACAUCAUCUAUUCAAGGUUCUUUUGUA